AUGCCACUAAUAUGUAUCGGUUGGCGUGAGUUAUUUCAAGUGCUGGCACUUAUCAAGGAUGUCGAGCAGCCUCUCAUGUUGGCCACUCGACUCAGCACGGCAGCAUGUUCCAGUGAGCAGAUUGCUUUUAUUUUGGGCGUUCGACCGACCAUUUCGACGCUGGUCUGGAGCGAUGAAACGGAUUUGGUGCACGAUUGGUCCGAAAUAAUUAGCCUUCGAUCGGGACCUUAUUCCAAACGACUGGUAUUUGAUUUGCACGCCAAACAUCGCGCUGCCCUGAAAUUACUUCCAUAUUCUAUCGCAACGAGUGAAACGGAAUUUGCCCGCAAUAAAUGGAGUCUCGUUGAAUUUCCAUCCGCAACGGCCCAGUCAUCGGGAGCAAUUCUGAGCAACGAAGGUGUUGCAUUUCUGGGCUGGCCGACUGCCUUCCUCAUUUCGUUGCUACAGCGACCGCUAUUUCCCAGUCUUCAGCGGAUCACAGCACAGCUAAUAUUUGUGAAAAAGAGGCGAAAUGGUGAUAAUGAUUUGCUGAAAAAUAGUGGCUUUACGAUAUAUUUGCUCGAGAAAGUGCUCGACCUGCAGUCACCCGAAAUCACGACCGGCAUCAAGGUGUGA